AUGACGACGCGCGUCGGAUGGAACGAGCGGAACGCGGCGAUCGACUUUCUGACGGACGACGCGCGCUUCUUCGCCGCGGUGGACGCCUCUGGUUUUUUUCCCGACGACGCGUCGGAGUUCGACGCGUCGGACCCGGUGGUGUACUUCGCGGACGACGAUAACGAGUACGACCCGCUGCUGUUCGACGAGAUCGCGAGCGUGCGACGCGUCGGGACGUGGCCGGUGGGGUUUCCUCCGAGGAAGUGGAGGGGCGAGGACGGCGCGCGCGUCGAGAGCGUCGUCGUCGCGGGCGGCGGCGGCGGCGGCGCGGCCGGGUUCCACACGGUGUGGUGCGGCGGGCGGACGUACGCGAUGGACAUGGCGUCGUUCGCGCUGCGACGGUCGGUGUUCACGGAGAGGAUGCCGAAUGCUGACGAGAGCGGAAACGGAAACGGAAACGAAACGCGCGGUGUUGGUGCGUUACGGUUUAAAGGCUCGGGACGCGUCGGGGCGCUAGAGGAUGAAUUUUUGUCCGACGCGUUGGGUACGGGAGGGGCGAAGUCGUUGGAGGUCAUGGCGGACGGCGCGACGAAGGUGUACGCGUGGCACCUGUUUUGGAAGGGCGACGACGCGCACGACGACGCGUGGGGGCUGACGGGGGAGAUCACGCAGCCCUUGGCGGUAUCCUGCGGCGUCGGUUCGUGA